AUGUCCCAGUUUGGUCCUAAUUUACAGAACAUUCUUAGAGAAGCUGCCUUGGUUUUUCAGUUAAAGGAAUGGUUCACUCAGAAUGGAGAUAAAGAUGGCAGCAAAGUGACCACAGUGGUGGCGACCCCUGGACAGGGACCUGACCGGCCGCAGGAGGUCAGCUACACUGACACCAAGGUCAUCGGGAAUGGCUCUUUUGGCGUGGUCUAUCAGGCCAAGCUCUGUGAUUCAGGAGAACUGGUGGCCAUUAAGAAGGUCCUUCAGGACAAGCGAUUUAAGAACCGUGAGCUUCAGAUCAUGAGAAAACUGGACCACUGCAACAUUGUGCGUCUGCGUUACUUCUUCUAUUCCAGUGGAGAUAAGAAGGAUGAGGUGUAUCUGAAUCUGGUUCUGGACUACGUCCCUGAGACUGUCUACAGAGUGGCGAGACACUACAGCCGCGCUAAGCAGACCCUUCCCAUGGUUUAUGUAAAGGUGCGGAUUGUUCCUAAUGUGUGUUUGUGUGAUGCUAAGCAGUUAGUACGUGGGGAGCCCAAUGUUUCCUACAUAUGCUCACGGUACUACAGAGCCCCUGAACUCAUCUUUGGAGCAACCGACUACACAUCCAGCAUAGACGUGUGGUCAGCUGGCUGCGUGUUGGCGGAACUGUUGCUAGGACAACCAAUUUUCCCCGGCGACAGCGGAGUGGAUCAACUGGUGGAAAUCAUCAAGGUGCUGGGCACUCCCACACGGGAGCAGAUUCGAGAAAUGAACCCAAACUACACCGAGUUCAAAUUCCCGCAGAUUAAGGCCCACCCAUGGACUAAGGUGUUUCGGCCACGCACGCCUCCUGAAGCCAUUGCGUUGUGCUCGCGGCUGUUGGAGUACACGCCGACUGCUCGACUGACCCCGCUAGAGGCCUGCGCUCACUCCUUCUUUGAUGAACUGCGGGAUCCUAAUGUCAAACUUCCUAAUGGACGUGAGAAACCAUCCUUAUUCAACUUCACAACUCAAGAGCUGUCCAGUAACCCAUCCCUGGCAUCUAUCCUAAUUCCUGCUCAUGCACGAAACCAGGCAGGAGCUUCUACCCCCACCAACGCCUCUGCCACUUCAGAUGCCAAUAGUGGAGAUCGCAGUCAGACCACAACUGCAGCCUCUGCCUCUGCCUCCGUCUCCAACACCUCAACCUGAGAGCCCCAGCCAAUCAGACCUGACCCUGCCUCCGAGGCCACGCCCACCCCACUGCUCACCAGCUUAAUGGGCAGGAUUUGAGUCAUGUAACCACCACUCUUAUUCAGACUGCAAGAGCCAACCUUCAUUUACGUCUUUUUUUUUUUUUUUUACAAAGUUCAGAAUGAUACAUGUGGAAAAGCCUCGUCGGAUGUAAUUCACGAGAGCGACAGAGACAGAGAAAAAGAGAGAGCAGUCAGGAAACAGUUCGGAAGCGGGGGUUAAAGCAUAAAACCUGGUCCGUGACCAGCCGGAACUUUUUUUUUUUUCUUCUCAUUCUCAGAGGACAAUCUUAUUAUGUAAGCAAUCCGGUAGCCAGAUCCAUCCACUUCCGUUCGCAUUUGGGCUCCCCUUCUCUCACCUGGACCGUCUCUAGCUACACGUUCUCUCCCUUUAUACUGUCCUGGGACUUUAAUAGUGCAUGGCUUGAAUUUGGUUGGGAGCACCCCAUGUAUACAGUACAUAUAUAUAUAUAUAUAUAUACACAGUACAUACAUAUAGUGUGUAUAUUCAUAUAUAUGUAUAUGUAUUGGGUGAAAAUGAUGCAAGCAUUCAAAACUAGAGGAAAUAUCGUAUCUAAGCGUAUCUAACAAACACAAGGCACCGUACAAGAGGUAUAAAUAUAAAAACCGCAUGUCAACCACAAAGACAAGAGAGAAAUACUCUGUUACAGGAUUUUAAGUCGGCUGAAUCUGUUUUAUCUUGUUUUAUAAAAUGGGCGGGCUGUAGGGGAGGGGCAGACAUUUUGAUUGACAGGUGAGACGUGCGUCUCCAUCUCUGUGUUCUUGUAUGAUAUAUGCAUACACCGUUUAUAUAUUACUUUGCAUUAUGUAAAAUAAAUAUAUAUAUAUAUAUAUAUAUAUAUAUAUUUAUAUAUAGAUCUAUAUCUAGCAUCAGAAUCCAUCACAGUUUGUCAGUGCAGCGGCCACAUACUGAAAUGAUACAGUAUGUGAAUGACUAAGACUCUGCUGGAGCUCUUUUCUAGCAAGAGUUUCGCGCUUCUCUGCUGUUUUCUGUUAGCCUGGUAGAAUUAUAGAUCACCUUCUGUCCUGAUUUCCUCUGGUUAUUUAUUGUCGCGUGUGCGUCAGUGUCGUUCUUAACCACACAGCUAAACAUAAAGAACACAUGAAGAGACGCAUCGAUGUGGCGCCGACUUCACAGAGACUGUGUUUGUGCUCCAUUCGCAAUGUUAAACUGAAAUGGCUGUGUUGUUUUAACCACUACUUUUUUCUUCAUCAUGUCUCAGCAUAACGUACGGAAAAAUGUACUUUUUUUAUUUCCCAAAAUGUCUUAAUACACAAAGUAUAGCAGUAUAAGAAAACAACAGACGUGUAUAUACAGUACAGCACAGUUGCUCCUCACCAAAUGCUGGCUUUUACUUUUAAUUUUUAUGUUUUGUUUUGAUUUUUGUAUAAUUUGUGAGCGUGUGUGAUUGAGUGAGUGAGUGAGUGAGUGUUCUGCUAUGUACAUAAAUAUGCUGACCUGAGAACUGUUAAUGAGCGAAAACAAAGACGCGGGAUUAAAUGAAAAAUGGAUCAAAGAAAAAAAAAUUAAAAA